UCGGGGCGGUAACGAGCGCGUGCACGAGAGGGUGCGCGAGGCGGUAGCGCUUGAUGCUGCUGCUGCUGCUGCUAAUAUCAGCCUCCCUAAAAGCGAGGGUAGCGGCGCUGAAGCCGACCGGCCUCGGGUAGGGGGAGAACCUUGGGGUUUUGUUUUGUUUUUUGCUCGGCAGCUUUUAAAGUCAACCAAUACCCAGACCGCCGCCCCGCCACGGGAAGCUCAUCAGUCUACUCAGCUGAUACCUGACAACUAUAUUAAAAAUGGCUGCUAGUAAGGCAAAAAGUCAAAGCUCUCUUGCCCUUCACAAAGUAAUCAUGGUUGGUAGUGGAGGCGUGGGCAAAUCAGCACUUACACUUCAGUUUAUGUAUGAUGAGUUUGUUGAAGACUAUGAACCAACCAAGGCUGAUAGUUACAGAAAAAAAGUUGUUCUAGAUGGUGAAGAAGUCCAAAUAGAUAUUCUGGAUACAGCUGGGCAGGAAGAUUAUGCAGCUAUUCGAGACAACUAUUUCCGGAGUGGGGAAGGUUUUCUCUUAGUUUUCUCCAUAACUGAGCAUGAAUCCUUUACAGCCACAGCAGAAUUUAGAGAACAGAUUCUCCGUGUAAAAGCUGAAGAGGAUAAAAUACCAUUACUAGUAGUGGGAAACAAAUCAGACUUGGAGGACCGUCGACAAGUGCCUGUAGAAGCUGCUCGAAGUAAAGCAGAAGAGUGGGGGGUGCAGUAUGUAGAGACAUCAGCAAAAACAAGAGCAAAUGUAGAUAAGGUAUUUUUUGAUUUGAUGAGAGAAAUUAGAUCCAAGAAAAUGUCAGACAAUAAAGACAAGAAUGGCAAAAAAAGCAGCAAGAAUAAGAAGAGUUUUAAAGAACGAUGUUGCUUAUUGUGAUCUUUAAGAGCUACACUUGUAGAUGACAGUACUAACAAGACAUUUUACUACUAACAAUAGAGGACUGAAUUAAUAAGAAGAAAUCUGAAUUCAAUACAUUUUUCAACUCACAUUGAUAUAAGAAGUUCAACAGAUUCAUGUAUACCAAGAAGGAUGAUUCUUGAAAGCAGCUGUCACUGGUAAACAGUAAUGCAAGCAUUUUUUCCUUGUAUCAUAAGCAAUUUACCUGUUAGUCGUAUGGUGCACUCUGAAUUUACCUCCGGAUGCUGCUCCAAGGGCACUCCUCAACAACUCUUCACUAUCCUUUUUUGUUUAAAUGGCAAGUUUUCAUUGAUAUUCCACCAAAGUUACCUGUCUUUUCUUUGUGGUUUCAUUUUGUGUGCUCUUAAAGGCUUAAGUCUUUGGUGAUUUUUUUUUAAACCACAAGUUGACAAAAUUGUAUAGUGCUGCUUAAAAUAAGUUAUGGUGGUAUCAGUUUUGCUGCUUUGCCAACACAUUAGAUGGACAGCAUAAGGCUUUAUCUUAAAAACAACAACCCUGAGCAGUGAGUUAGCAUUUCCAUAAUGACCAUAGUAAAUUUCAGAACAUUAGUAGUUAUUUUCUGGCAAAUUAUACCGCCUUAAAUUGGGAGUAAAUAAACUAGGCAUCUUUGAGGCAGAGGAGAGUUCUAAGCUUAAUCCAAUUUUUCAAUACAUUUGUUGAGAAUUGUGGUACUUGAAAUCCAAGACGUAUGAAUGACAUCAAGCUAGAAAUUUUUUAUUCCAUUGAGUAAUUAUACCCUUCCUCCCAAAGGCUUGGUUUCCUCCCAAAAUGUGGACAUUUUUACUCAUGGUGUUGUGAUGGUUCGUGGUCAUGUAUUGAAACCAUAGUGUUUGCUACAUUUGCUCUCAAUGUUUAACAGAAGGGGUUUUUUUUUAAUGUGAAAGUUCACAUUCUGUAGUUUCAUGAAUUGGAUACAGUCUUUGUUUUAAAAGUGGGUGGUUAAAAAAAAUCCACCAGUCCUUAUCAUGCACUUCCUCCAUUUGAACUAUAAAAAAAAAAUUAAGAAACUUAUACAGAAAAUGUUUCCAGCGGUUUGUUUGAACCAGAGAAACUUAAUGAUGCAUUAUAGUUGGCUUUACUUUCUUUCUCCCAUGAGAGUUGUUGGUAUCUGCCUAGGUGAUACCAAGACACAGAGUUCCACUCCUGAGUGAGCACUCACUCCUUACUGUUUUCCACAUUGUGGAGCAGUGGUGGCUAAAUUAAAAAGAUGGAGAUGGACAGUCUUUUCAUAUAUCUAUAUCCAAGGUUAAUAUUGAGGUAUUGCCAAAAAGUCUGACCCUUCACUUUCCUUGUACAAGAACUUUUUAUAGUUAUUCACUGGAUAAUGGGAUGAAGUUUAUACAGAUGGCUAAAUUUAUUCAGUUAUCAUUUUUUUUCUUCUUUUGUCACUGAUCAUUAAUGGGGUCAAUAAAAAUGGCAUGUAGAAGUAUAUCAUUACACUUUUAAAAAUAGCUCUGGCUGAUUUAUUAAACCAUUCUUUCUCAAUUUGGUGCUCUUUUAAACCGAAAUUUUCUUCAUUUCCAAACAGGAUGUGAGAGGAACCCCCAAAAAGCACCAAGCUGGAAAAAGUUCCAUUGAGCAGAUAUACUUUAUAUAAAUGCUCUUCUCUGGUCAGUCGUAAAAAAAUACUUUUUCAGAUUGUAGAGUACUUUAAAAAUUCCAAGAAUAAGCAUGUAUCAUGAUGCUUUGGAAGAUUUAGAGUACCUAGCUUAGAUCUGGGCAUGCUUUAAGAGAAGGAGUUUUAAGAAUAGGGGUUAUGAUACCACAUAAAACUAAGUCACAUAAAUCAAUGUGCCAGGAUUCUAUCCCUUUACCUUCAUUUUUUUUCUUUUUCACAACUUUUUGGAAUUGUUAUGUCUAUAUUGGAGUAUAUACACUGUUUUCAUUUAGUAUGUGGCAUGAAACUGCUUUGAUCAUUUUCAGUGAAGGCUUCGGAAGGCUUGAGAAAAGAGGGCUGUGCAGCAUUUCAUAUGGUCCCAUACCCAUGACUUGAAAAAGUGAUAAAUCAACUGUUUCAGACAUAAGCAAUAUUAGAAAAUAGGGAAAUAAACAAGUAGCAGUAUGAAGAAGAAAAAUACCACCAUGUCUGGAUAUUUAAAAAAUUGAAGGUUAUGUCUGAAUAUAAAGAUUAGAUUUAUCAAUUAAGGUUAUGUGAAAAAAAUACCAGAUAAUGCUAAAAUAGGAAAACUAUAAAGAAGUUUUAUUUACUGUAUAUUAGCAUAUUGGCAUAUUGACUUUAUAUUGGCAUAAUAACACAGUGAUAAAUGAUACAUGAAUGUAUAAGCUGAAGCAGAUAUCCAGUUCACAUAUUGUUAUUGUGGGCUAGAGAAGGCAGGAUAUGACUAUGUUUAUGGGAUCUGGCAAGACAAAUUAAAACACCACAGAUUGCUCUUCCAACAACCAAAGAAUGGACGAGGUUCAGUGUCAUCUAUCCUAAAUGCAAAUGGAGAUGUCAUAAUUUUCAGAAACAGAGCUUUCAGUAACAAAGCAUUCUUUGGGGAUGUAGAUUUGACAGAUGCCUAUUUUUAUGCAUACAACAAUCUGGAACCUGUAGAUUUCAUUUUGAACAGGAAUGGGCAGUAUGUAACCUUCCAGAUGCUGCUGAAUGUCAGCCCCAGGGAUCAUAGGCAUAUGCUAGCUAACAGGUGUUUCAGAAUCCUCAUUGGAGGACCAAAAUUUGCUCAAGCCCAAAGUAGAUGUUUUAUGUUGACAAUACAUAGAAGCUUUCAGCAAUCAUGAAGGAAGGUAGAGCUUCAUAGCCAUCUCUGAAAUAGGUAAACAUAACUACAAUGAGAAACUUGAACAAAAAGAACCUUGGUAAUUUUUUUAAAGAAGCUAGGGGAUUUAUGCAGUAAGAAAGCAAGCAAAAAAGAUGUAAUUCAUGUCUCUCUGGUUUCUAUAUGUAGAACCUAAUUUAAUAUCGCAUGACCUUUAGCGUGAAGGAGUGAAGGAGCUACAGAAAUUUACUGGAGAAAAUAACUUGCAUAGUUUAGGCAUUAAUUUAGCAUUUUGUUUUUAAUCUUUGCAAGCAGCUCAAAAUCAUUUGUGUGAGAUGCAUGGCCAUAUAAAUUUAGGCAUACACAGAUUCAAGGUUCAGAAUGGAAUCUGAGGAAGGCUUUAGUUUUUGAAAGAUCCACAUGAGCCUUGCAAUUACAGAAAUGUUGUAACUCUUUGAGAGAGAUCCUUCUUAAUACACCUUAAAACUGCUUCUUUUUUAUGCUUUCUGCAGCCUUAAUUGAUACUCUGAUCCUUUAUUCAGUGGAAAUUUCAUUCCAGUGUCGGAACUGCUUGCUGCCUAAAUUCAUUAAAUGUAUUCCCCUAUAAUGUCUUAAAAAUGGAGCAAUUGAUUUAGAAGUUGUUUACUUUAAAAAAAAUCUAUGAAAUCAGUAUUAUUUAACAUUGUUUAAGAAUUAAACCAUGAUUUCACUUGGGUUUCUCAGUUGCUGAAUUACAGUUCCCAGCAUCCCUCAUCCUUGCCUAUGCUGCUUUGGUUUGUUGCAAAUUCAGAGUCUGCAUCUCCUGGCAUAAUUGCUUGGCUGCUUAUAUACUGAAGUGUUUAAAUGAACUUCUAAUAGCAAAUGGUGCACAUUCUUCAGAGGAUUUGAAAUGUGAUAGCAUCAGUGACUGCGUAUUCACAACAACUGGGGACAGUAAACAUAUAGUAAGCUGUCUCAUAGUGAACUCACAUCAUUGGAUCUAACUCAGUAUUAGUCCCUCUGAUCAGUAACAGUUGCCCAAAAUUCCUAAUUUGACUUUUUCAAGCUCAUUUGAAAUAAGUCAAGUGAUGAGAUUUGGUAUAUGUAAUUUGGUUUUUAUUAAGUAUACAAAUGAAUGCAUUUUUCUCCUGCCUAUAAACCAGCUGUUGGGAAUCUGGAUCUUGAGAAGUAUAGGACCUAUUUCAAAACUUUAUCCGUUCUAGGAAUUAUAGGAGAUGAAGUCUACUCAUACUUGGAAAAUCACAGUCAUACAUGUUUGAGCUGUACGUGUAAAAGCAUCUGUAGAAAUUGGAUUCUACAUAUGUGACAAUUAAUAAACCAUAUAUGGUCCCACACAUUCAUUUUUGCAUCUAACUGUUAUGUAGUUUGAGUUGAUUUCUGUGCUUAUUUUAUAAAUACCUUAUGAACUAAAACUAGUCAGGCAAAAUAACAAAAAACAGGUUGUGAGCAUGACACUCAUUCCACAAAGUAGUUGAUCAAAACAUUUAGAAUAUUAAAAUUUAGUUAUAAUUGGGAAAUAAUUUUAAAGACCCCAAAUUAUUUGUUCAGAAUUUUUGUCGGAGAGAGAACUAACAAGUAUAUUUUCUUGUAAUAAAACAAACUCUGAGGCAUAU